AUGGAGAAGAUGGAUCCAGACGAAGCCCAGCGGGACACCAGAAGUGAAAUCGAAGACACAUACGUCGCUAUUAAGGUUUGCAUUAAGGAGCAAUUGGGCGCGGACGCCCACAAUACAACCGUGGCCGAUGCUUCGCCCUGCGUUUCUCAUUCAACUUCCAUGAAGCUACCACGACUGGCACUUCCUACGUUUGAUGGCAAGUACUCCGACUACAAAAACUUCGUAACGUCAUUUAAGCAAGUCAUUGAUAGUCAACCUAGCUUGUCUUCUAUCGAGAAGUUCAACCAACUGCUUAAUUGUUUGAAGGGAGCGGCCUUAGAAACUGUGAAGGCAUUUCAGAUCUCUUCUGAAAAUUAUCCGAAAGCGCUCGAACGUCUUAAAGCUCGCUAUGACAACCCCACGCUCGUCUUUUUGGAUAAUAUAAAAUCCUUAUUCAGCUUGCCGAAUGUUUCCAAAUCGAAUGCGCAACAUCUGCGUAGUCUCAUUGACAAUGCAUCAGCCCUGUACAACUCGUUACUGUCACUGGGUUCUGAGUCGCAAAUUGCUCAGGCUAUGCUCAUCUCGAUAGUGAUGGACAAAGUCGAUCAGGACACCAGGAAGAAAUGGAAUGAGUUUUUAGACUUCCGAGAUCUUCCGACAUGGACAUCUUGCAUUAGCGUCGUUGAACGACGUUGCCAAUACCUAGAAUCUAUAGCCCAUAACGAUGAUACAGCACACACGGACACUUGUUUGAAUCGAAUUAUACUAGCCACUGCGUUGGUACAGAUUAAGGAUGCUACAGGUCCUUACAGAAUUGGCCGCGCUCUACUGGACUCCUGCUCCCAAGUAAAUUUUAUAUCUGAUGAGUUCGCACAAACACUUCGUUUACCCCGUAAGAGAAGCAACUUGGAAAUUCGCAGCAUUGGGGAGUCGCAAACUCAGGUUAAGCAUCGCACGUCUACCACAAUCAAAUCACGUUUUGUCGAAUUGGAAUUGCCACUCGGUUUCUGUGUCACAUCGCACAUUGCCUAUCAUCCAGAAUCGGAAAUCGACAUUUCAUCAUGGAAUCUACCCAAGAAUACGCUAUUGGCUGACGAAAACUUCAACAAGUCGCGCCGCAUUGACCUACUCCUUGGAACCGAAGCAUUUUUUGAUAUCCUAUCUGUUGGCUAUGCACUAUCACUGGACGAAUCCAUAAACCAGAACGUAGAGCGCCUAUGGCGUAUCGAAGAUGUUAGGACACCAGCUGAUACCUACACUCCAGAGCAACGCAAAUGUGAGGAAAUCUUCAUCACCACGGUUCGCCGACAAAACGAUGGUCGAAUUGUAGUUCGUCUUCCAUUCAAGGAUAAUCCUUGUUUGCUAGGUCGGUCAUAUGAAACCGCCCGCAGACGCUUUGAAGCUCUUGAACGUCGCUUGAGCCGCACACCAGAUAUUAAGCGACAAUACAUAGACUUCAUGGUAGAGUUCCAACGUUUGGGCCAUAUGAGCUUGCCAAACAGUACGUCGACAAAGUUACGGGUUGUCUUCGAUGCCUCCUGCCAGACUACGUCACAGAAGUCACUUAACGACUUAUUGAUGGUCGGACCAACCAUACAGCUCGAGCUAUACACGCUUCUGUUUCGUUUUCGAUUGUAUCGCUACGCGAUUACUGCCGAUAUUGUCAUAAUGUUCAGACAGGUUGUUGUUGAUGAUAAGGACCGGCAGUUUCAGUAUGUACUCUGGAGAAAUACACCCAAUGAACCGCUUUGCACUUAUGAACUCAAUACAGUCACUUACAAGACCGCUGCUGCUCCAUAUCUUGCCAUACGUAGUAUGUCAUAUUUGGCUGAUCAAUACUUGGAUAAGUUUAAAAUCGGUGCCGAGGCCAUAAAAUCGUGCUUUUAUGUAGAUGACUUCAUUUGUGGAGCAAAUACUAUUGAUACUCUUCGUGAAAUCAAAACAGAAGUUACCGAAGUACUUCGUCGUGGUAGAUUUGAACUUGCAAAAUGGCAUUCAAACUACAUCGAGUUUGUCGAUGAUUGCACCAUCAAAGAGCUAAAUCUGGACGACAAAGCUAUAACUAGCACUCUGGGGUUAAGAUGGAAUCAACAAGAAGACGUUUUUAUGUUUUCACUUGUGCCUAAGCAGACAUUUAACGUUGUCUCUAAACGUUCAAUACUGUCAGUGACUUCAUCUCUAUUCGAUCCGUUGGGAUUAGUGUCACCUGUCAUCAUAGUAGCAAAAAUUAUUCUGCAAGAACUGUGGCUACUUAGGCUGCAGUGGGAUGAGUCAGUUCCACAUAACAUCCACACUGCAUGGAUUUCGUUUCUCUCAUCACUUUCGUCGUUGGAGCUGCUUAAGAUACCACGAUUUUGCCUACAACCAAAUGCUGGGAGCCUUCAGUUGCACGGUUUCUGCGAUGCAUCCAUCAGGGCCUAUGGAUGUUGCAUCUACGCACGUACGGUCAGCGCUGAUGGUAAGGUUAAGGUGAAUCUAGUUACAUCGAAAUCAAGAGUUGCACCAACUAGAAAACUAUCGCUUCCGAAAUUGGAAUUGUGCGGCUCCCAUUUGCUGGCACAACUUUUUGCCAAAAUCAAAGUGAACUUUGCUGACCACAAGUAUUCGACGUUCUUGUGGAGUGACUCGCAAAUCGUGCUAUUCUGGAUUCAGCAACACUCCGCCACACUGUCCACGUUCGUCGGAAACCGAAUAUCUGAAAUACAAGAGCAAACUUCCAGCUGUCAUUGGAAAUAUGUUCCAACGCGCUGUAACCCCGCCGACCUAUUAUCAAGGGGAUGUUCGGUGGAUGAGCUAAAUCAGUCUAUGUGGUUCGAGGGUCCUGCUUAUUUGCUACAACACCAAGACGAGUGGCCAACACAAAGGCCGGGUGAUAUUGACCAAAAUAUUGUUGAUUCGGAAAAACGGAAAUCGGCAUUUGCUGUUACUAGCGUUACCAACUAUCUACUCGAAGUUAUCUACAACAUCAGCUCGCAUAGCCGUUGUUUGCUAAUCGUAGCCUGGAUGCUUCGUUUUAGUUACAUAAGCAGAAAAUUGUGUUCUUUCGAUACACCAUCUCCCUCGCCACAAGAACUACUGCGUGCCAUGCAUUGUAUUAUUUGGAAUUUGCAGACCAAAUACUUCACCGAUGACAUCCAAGCACUUCGCAAAGGAAGAGAGGUCAGCGGCCACCUUAAAUUUUUAAAUCCCUUUUUACAGGUGACUGAAGGAUUUAUGCUGCUUAAGGUUGGAGGUCGCUUGGAGUUGGCAAACGUUCAAUACACCCAGAAACAUCCGAUAUUACUCCCAC